AUGACCACCGAAUAUGAUGUUAUUGUGAUUGGAGCCGGUGUGGUCGGACCGUGUAUAGCUACAGCAUUGGCAAGACAAGGAAGAUCAGUCCUUAUUAUUGAGCGAGACUGGUCACGACCUGAUAGAAUUGUUGGAGAGUUGAUGCAACCGGCUGGAGUUAAAGCGUUAAAAGAGUUGGGGAUGAUAAAUGCCAUUAAUGAUAUUAAUGCUAUUGACUGUACCGGAUACUAUAUCCAAUAUUACGAUGACCAGGUCACUAUAGAAUAUCCAUUUAAAGAUGUUGCGCAAGUGACGAAUCCAGUCAAACCUUUGGGGAAAGAAUACAAGCUAAGACUGGAUUCAACUAUAGAUGUUUCGAAAUGGGAUAAAGACGAACGAGUACGUGGGAUUGCAUUUCAUCAUGGGGAUUUUUUACAAAAUUUACGAAGUAUAUGUAAGUCAGAGCCCAAUGUCACAGCAAUAGAAGGAACAGUCACUAAACUAGUACGUGAAUGUAAUGGUACUGUUGUUGGAGUUUCUGGUAAACAACAAAAGGAUGAAAAUUUUCAAUACCGAGGUAAAUUGAUUAUAUCAUGUGAUGGAAUUUAUUCCAAAUUUAGAAGUGAAUUGGGGGAGAAUAAUGUACCUUCAAUUGGAUCUUAUUUUGUUGGUUUUUACUUGGAAAAUGCUAAAUUACCAGCACCGAAUAAGGGACAUGUCUUGUUGGGUGAUCAUGCACCAGUACUUAUAUAUCAAGUAUCACCUGGUGAAACUAGAGUACUUUGUGCAUUUAGAUCAGCCAAGCCACCGUCGGCUGCGAAGAAUGAAAUAUACAAUUACUUGCAAAAAGACGUAUUACCAGUCAUACCUAAAGAAUUGUAUCCUAGUUUUAAACAAGCUGUCGAGAAGAAGAAAUUUAGAGUCAUGCCUAAUCAAUAUCUUGCUGCUAAAAAGCAAAAUCAACGUGGAUUGAUCUUACUUGGAGACUCAUUAAAUAUGAGGCAUCCAUUAACUGGGGGUGGAAUGACAGUUGGACUAAAUGACGCAGUCUUAUUAGCACGAUUAUUGGAUCCUAAAUCAGUGGAAGAUUUAGAUGAUUAUGAUUUAAUUCAAGAGAAACUAACCAUUUUUCAUCGCAAACGGAAAAAUCUCGAUGCUGUAAUAAAUACAUUAUCAAUUGCAUUAUAUUCUUUAUUUGCAGCUGACAAAAAACCAUUGAAAAUUUUACAACGUGGAUGUUUUAGGUACUUUGAACGUGGUGGUGAUUGUGUUGACGGACCCAUUGGAUUAUUAAGUGGAGUUUUACCAUUCCCCAUGUUAUUAUUUAAUCAUUUCUUUAGUGUUGCAUUUUAUUCUAUUUAUUUGAAUUUUAUUGAUCGUGGUGUUUUGUUCCCCGUUGCUAUUUGGGAAGCUUUCGAAGUGUUGUUUACUGCUAUUGUUAUUUUCACACCUUAUUUAUGGACUGAGUUGGUUCAGUGA